UCAUUUGAACAGAGAGGAAAACAGAUCUGUUUUGACAAGAGUCUCUCGACUACUAUAAAUAUGAGAUUUAUAGAAGAAACGUACAUAAUAAGUAUCUAACAUAUAUGUAUACAUAAGCAAUGACUAAUUGUAUGAUACGUCUCGAUAUACACACUGCUUCGUCAUAUGCGUUUGUACGUAUAUGUCGGUAAGAUAAGAUUACGUCCUGGCACACGGCAGUUGUGAAGCGUGCAUUGUGAAGACGAGACGAUGUGUAUCAAACGCGAAAUCAUUACAUAGGCACCGAUAUAAUGCUCUAUAAAUCUAUCAAAUAUUUAUUUUUUUUCACGUAUAUAAUUCAUGCGGUUUUAUCAUGACACGCAAGAUCGCCGCAUCCUUGUUCAUUGUUCUUACUUUUGAUUUAAUUUUAAAUGGCGUUGCGCAUUCCAAAUGUUCAUCUUUGUGCGUGUGUGAUAUUUGGUACGGAUUGCAAUAUGCUUCUUGCACCGGGCGCCAUCUUUACAGUGUUCAUACCGGUGCUCCGAACACAAUACAAGCUUUAGAUUUGUCGAAUAACUCGAUAUCGAAUUUGAACAGUUACGAACUGGCAGAAGCAGGAUUAGUGAAUCUUAAAUACCUCAACCUUUCCAUGAAUGCGAUUAGCCAAGUUGAUCUGAAAGCUUUCGAUGGAUUAUCUGAGUUGAAGGUUCUCGAUUUAUCGCAAAAUCAUCUUUACUACCUCUUGUCGGACACUUUUUUAUCAGCGACUAGUUUGCGAAUUCUCCGACUGUCGAAAAACAAUUUUAAUUCUCACGUACCGAAGUUGGAACGUUCCUGGCUGACGGAUUUGUUUUUAGACUCUUGCCAAAUUAGUCAUGUGCCCGUAGAUACGUUUGUCGGACUCUCGCAUCUUCGUUACCUUGAUCUUUCGAAAAAUUUGUUGAUACAAUUGGAUACUGCAAUCUUCGACAAAUUGCAAUUUUUAGGACAAUUAUCAAUAGAGAAAAAUCCCUGGCCGUGUGACAGUCUCACACACAAAUUAGAGUUGUAUCUCAAUUAUAGAAAGAUACAGUAUCAAGCAAUAUGCAAAAGAGAUUCGGAACCGAAAAAGUUUGAAAAAAUAAUUGCCUACAAUCCACAGAUAAAGUCCGAAAAGUACCAGCCUUUUGUAACUUUUUUCAAGAAAAAACAAGACUCGAACAAGAAAACUAUGCUAACAACAAAAAAAACUAUUUUAUCCACAAGGGCACAAAAUACAACCGCAUGUAUCAAUGCGCCGGUCAGUACGAGUUUCACGAAAGUAUUUAAUGCCAUGUCGGCGUAUUGGUUCUUUGCGAUUGGAUUUUUAACCGGUAGUGCGUGCGGCAUGUUGGCGUGUUACAUUUGGCUUACAAGAAAGAUAACUUGUUGCCGCGGAUAUCGCAACCGACAAACAAAUGAUACUCAGAGAAUUUCGUUAUUGGAAGAUUCAUACCAAUUUGAAGAGUCCGUUUGCGAUGAAAGAAUUUCUUGUCCCGACACUCCACCUCCACCGUAUCGUGAAGUUAUGCUGCGACCAGGACUUUAUCGUCAAACAUCUGCCAUGAAUUAAAAUAUAUACGAUAAUCAUAUUACAAACAAUAAAAAAUAUGUUUAAAAUAU